AUGGAGUACGAUUUAGUCCGAGUCAAUGUAUGUGAAUGUUUGCCUCCAGGAACCCAAAUUGCAGUAAAAGGUUUGUUAAAAAAUUUGGAUCCGCGAUUAAAGUAUCUUUACCCUGUAGUAAGUCCUGACGGGUAUUAUUAUCAUCAUGGGGUGCAUUUAAGCAGUUGUGAAGUGAUUCAUUUCUCCGCAGAAGAGAACAAGGCGGAUGCAAAACCUCGCAAAUGUGAUAUUAACGAGUUCCGCUCACGGGGUGAAGACCGUGGGGCACUAUAUAAAGUUGUUUACAAGAAUAAAGAAAGAGUUUUGCCUCUCAACCAAACGGUGGCGAAAGCGGAGGAAGUGAUAAACCAACCUGACAAAUGGCCCAAAUAUCAUAUCCUAGACAACAACUGUGAAUCGUUUGCAUGUUGGCUUAAAACAGGACAGAAAAAGUCGGUUCAAGCAUCAAAUGCAAUCUCGUAUGCAAUACCUACGGUGGCUUGUGUAGGUUUAAUGGUCGUUUUAGUCGCAAUCUUGUAUAUACAAUAUUCCAGAUGA